AUGCACCCCAGCGCCCUUCUCGGCCUUUUGGCCCUUGCCAGUGCUGCCUUGGCUAUCCCUGCAAAUUCAAAACAGGCUCAUUCCGCCUCCUCCAUCAAGAACUUGAAGUCCAGAAUUAAGAAUGUUGUCGUCUUGUGCAUGGAAAACCGAUCGAUUGACAACAUCCUCGGAGGGCAGACCAUCAAAGGUCUGGAAAACCCUAUCAACAAUGGGCCUUAUUGCAACCCAUACAAUGUAACCGAUCCUUCGCAGGGGUUUCAUUGUACCGCUCCGAGGGACUAUAACUCUGUCACCAGUGAUCCCAGCCAUGCUGUCACUGGCAACACCAUGGAGUUCUACGGUGAAUGGACACCUGAUAACACACUGAUUGCAGAGGGCAAGCUAGUCCCGAAUAACAAUGGAUUUAUCCACGAACAGAUUCACAAUUACGGUUCCUCUGUCAAUCAGUCUGUGCUGGCCACCGAGGUCAUGAACUACUACACCGAAGACCAGGUCCCCGUUUUGACAGCUCUGGUCAACCACUUCGUGACCUUCAACCACUGGCACUCCGAUCUUGCCGGGCCCACCGAUCCUAACCGCGUCGCACUGCGGUCCAUCUUCCAGCAGCUCGGCGAAACAAACCACACGUGGCUCAAUUACUGGGACCCCGCGGGCGGGACCGGUCCCGAGUCCCACUGGUUCGAGUGGACCAAAACCUCCGGCAACACCGAGAAGGUCGUACCGAUCACGAACUUCUACGCCGACGCCGCGAAAGGCACUCUACCCGAGUUCUCCUACCUCAACCCCUCGUGCUGUGGCGUCGGCACGAAUUCCAUGCACGACAGCGGCUUGAUCUCCGACGGCGAGGCCUUCAUCAAGAGGGUGUACGAGGCUCUCCGUGCUAGUCCCCAGUGGGGGGAAUCUCUCUUCAUUCUCACCUUCGAUGAGACGGGUGGUUUCCACGACCACGUCCCGCCCCCGCUGGCAACUCGUCCCGAUAACCUGACGUACACGGAAAAGACCGCCAACGGGGAAGAGUAUACCUAUGAAUUCAACCGUCUGGGUGGCCGGAUUCCCACCCUUUUGAUCUCGCCCUGGGUUAGCAAGGGAUUCAUCGAGCAGAAGGGGACGGAUGCCGAGGGUCGGACUGUUUCUUACUCGGCGUCUUCGAUUCUCCGGACCCUAGGCUACCUGUGGGAUUUCGAGCCGUUCAACCCCCGCGUUGGGGAUUCGGCUUCCUUUGAGCAUCUGAUUCGGUCUAAGCCUCGCACGAAUGCUCCGUCGACCCUGCCGGAUCCUGCGUCGUUCACUUUGUGA